AUACCAAUAUUCUGUCAAAUAUUUUGUGGUUAAUCGCGUUCUUCGCUACGAUGUUAUUCUGUUGCCCAAGUUCUACAUAUUUACUACACGAAUAUCGAAGAUGAACACGAAAGAAAAAGAGAAAUACAUCGAAGAAUUUGAUUUCCCCCAUUGCGACGAAUCCUCGAAAUAUGAAAAAGUUGCGAAAAUUGGCCAGGGCACCUUCGGGGAGGUGUUCAAGGCUAGGGAUAAGAAUUGUAGUAAAAAAUUCGUAGCUAUGAAAAAGGUGUUGAUGGACAAUGAAAAGGAAGGGUUCCCUAUAACUGCUUUAAGAGAGAUAAGGAUAUUGCAGUUAUUGAAACAUGAAAAUGUAGUGAAUUUAAUAGAAAUAUGUAGGACAAGAGCAACUCAAUAUAAUCGUUAUCGUUCUACGUUCUAUCUUGUAUUUGACUUUUGCGAACAUGACUUAGCUGGAUUAUUGUCAAAUGUAAAUGUCAAAUUUAGUUUAGGAGAAAUUAAAAAAGUUAUGCAACAGUUGUUAAAUGGUCUUUAUUAUAUUCAUAGCAAUAAGAUUUUACAUAGAGAUAUGAAGGCUGCAAAUGUUUUGAUCACCAAAAAUGGUAUAUUGAAAUUAGCCGACUUUGGUUUAGCUCGUGCAUUUAGUGCAAAUAAAAAUGGUCAGCCAAACCGUUAUACAAACAGAGUUGUUACUCUUUGGUAUAGACCACCCGAACUUUUGCUUGGUGAUAGAAACUACGGUCCCCCUGUAGACUUAUGGGGUGCAGGGUGCAUUAUGGCUGAAAUGUGGACCAGAUCACCUAUAAUGCAGGGGAAUACAGAGCAACAACAGCUCAUAUUAAUUUCACAAUUGUGUGGUUCUAUUACAACAGAAGUAUGGCCUGGAGUAGAGAAUUUAGAAUUAUUUAACAAAAUGGACUUACCCAAAGGCCAAAAACGGAAGGUUAAGGACAGAUUAAAACCAUAUUUAAAGGAUCCUUAUGCCUGUGACUUGUUAGAUAGACUUUUAAUUCUUGAUCCGUCUAAAAGAUUCGAUUCCGAUUCUGCGUUGAAUCAUGACUUUUUCUGGACCGAUCCGAUGCCUUGUGAUCUCAGCAAAAUGUUAGCGCAACAUACGCAGAGCAUGUUCGAGUACCUAGCCCCACCAAGACGUCCUGGUCACAUACGUCAUCCUCAUCAUCAAGUACCUGGAGGGCCAGCAAAACCUAGUUCUAGUAUGGCUGAUAGUGGUUACCAAGACCGUGUAUUCUAGGAUAUAUAUUUUGUUUAUAUAAGCAUAGACUGCUCUUUAUCGUUCAUAUUUUCUCAUCUUUCAGAAUUUUGAUAAACCACAUGAUAUCUGACUUUGAACUUCAUCGAUAAUUAUAAGAUUUUAAGUUAAUAUUGGGACUUUAAUUUAUGCAAACUAUUGGGAUAAGAUGUAAGAUUUUCUUAUAUUUAUACACACACACAUAUAUAUGUAUAUGUAUACUUAUAUAUAUAUUUAUAUAUACAUAUAUACAUAUAUAUACAUGUAUAUAAAUUUUGUACAAAUGGAAACAGUCUUCUGAUUUAAGCCUUAUAUUUUCAGAACUGACAGCUUUCCUUCUGUUCAAUUAUUUAUGUAUUAUAUUUUAAUCGAUCCUUGAUAUUUAUGAAGGAAAAGACGAAAUUUUAUAUAUAUUCCUUAUUUUAAUUUUACAAACGAGGUCCAUAAUUGACAAGUGGAGUAAGACUUAAUUCUUUUGACAACUAAGGAAUUCAAAUGUUAUUAUAUAUUGGAAUCUUUUAAUAUACUUAUUUAAAUUUCACGUAAAUACAAUACGAAACAACACAAGGUAGUAAUUACUGCCAGUAAAUUAUAGAU